AUGGCGUUUGGAAAAUUUCCUUUUUGCGGAGAGAGGCGUUUGUGUAGCAGGUCAAUAUGGCCGUUCGUGCUGUUCCUUUCGUCCUUCAGUCACAUCGUAUCUGGCCAGAUCAGGUAUACAAUUCCGGAGGAGCUGAAAAGGGGUUCUCUUAUUGGAAACGUAGCUCAAGACCUUGGUUUGGAUGUACAAAGGCUUCGCUCUGGCCGUGCCCGUAUCGUGACUCGGCAAAGCAUCCAGUACACCGAGCUGAAAACAGACAAAGGCGUUUUAGUCGUGAAUGAGAGGAUCGACCGAGAGCAGCUUUGUGGAGACGCCACCCCGUGCAGCUUCAGCUUUGAGGUGAUUUUAGAAAAUCCUAUGGAGUUGCACAGAGUAACAGUAGAAAUCACCGAUAUUAAUGACAACUCUCCUACAUUUAGAAAGGAGGAAAUUAAAUUUGAAAUCAGCGAAUCUGCCACACUGGGAUCACGCUUUUUGUUACCCAGUGCUGAAGACGCAGAUGUUGGCAGUAACGGUCUCCAGAAAUAUAUCCUUACUACCAACGAUAUAUUUGGUUUGAAGCAGCAUUCGAGUCCAGAUGGCCGAAAAUAUGCGGAGAUGAUCCUACAAAAAUCUUUAGACAGAGAGAGCGAGCCAAGAUUAUCAUUAAAGCUCAUCGCUGUCGACGGUGGAAACCCGCAAAGAUCUGUGCGCUAUUUCGACUAUGAACAAAUUAAACACAUUGAACUGGUAGUUAAAGCGCAGGAUGGAGGCUCCCCUCCUCUCAGCAGCAACGUCACAGUGAAAAUAGUGAUCCAGGACCAGAACGACAACCCCCCUCAGGUCCUGUACCCGGUCCAGACUGGAGGCUCAGUGGUAGCUGAGAUGGUGCCUCGUGCAGCAGAUGUGGGUUAUCUGGUGACUAAAGUGGUGGCUGUUGAUGUGGACUCUGGACAGAAUGCCUGGCUGUCGUAUAAACUGCAGAAAGCCACAGACAGGGCGCUGUUUGAAGUGGGCUUACAGAAUGGAGAAAUUAGAACUAUCCGCCAAGUGAGUGAUAAAGAUGCUGUGAAACAAAGACUGACUGUUAUAGUGGAGGACAACGGGCAGCCGUCUCGUUCAGCUACAGUCGUUGUGAACGUGGCGGUGGCGGACAGCUUCCCUGAGGUGCUGUCAGAGUUCACUGACUUUACCCACGACAAGGAGUACAAUGACAACCUGACUUUUUACUUAGUGCUGGCUUUGGCUGUGGUGUCCUUCCUCUUCAUCACGUGUUUGGUGGUUAUCAUAUCAGUGAAAAUCUACAGAUGGAGACAGUCUCGGGUCCUGUAUCACUCCAAUCUGCCUGUGAUUCCAUAUUAUCCACCACGUUACUCAGACACUAUGGGCACAGGGACCCUCCCACACGUGUACAAUUACGAGGUGUGCAGGACGACUGACUCCAGAAGGAGUGACUGUAAGUUCGGCAUAGCUGGUAGUCAGAACGUGCUGAUAAUGGACCCCAACUCUACAGGGACCAUGCAGCGGAUACAGAGUGAGAAGAGCAUCCUGGAUGAACCAGACUCUCCUCUUGAGCCGUGGGACUUGGUUUUCCGUUUUUAUAAGGAUUUGUAUUCCAACGCCAUGGGGAUACGCCACGGCCAGAUCCGUUAUUCGAUCCCAGAGGAGAUGAAGAAAGGCUCUCUUGUUGGUAAUGUUGCUCAAGAUCUUGGUUUGGAUCUGAAACGGCUCCGUUCUGGUCGGGCCCGUAUCGUGACAGGAGAAAAUAACCAGUAUACCGAGCUGAAGACGGACAAAGGGAUUCUCGUUGUGAAUGAGAGAAUCGACAGAGAGGAGCUUUGCGGAGACGUGACACCGUGCAGCUUUAGCUUCGAAAUCAUUCUUGAAAAUCCAAUUGAACUGCACCGAGUGACUAUAGAAAUAUUAGAUGACCAGAACGACAACCCCCCUCAGGUCCUGUACCCGGUCCAGACUGGAGGCUCAGUGGUGGCUGAGAUGGUUCCUCGUGCAGCAGAUGUGGGCUAUCUGGUGACUAAAGUGGUGGCUGUUGAUGUGGACUCUGGACAGAAUGCCUGGCUGUCGUAUAAACUGCAGAAAGCCACAGACAGGGCGCUGUUUGAAGUGGGCUUACAGAAUGGAGAAAUCAGAACUAUCCGCCAAGUGAGUGAUAAAGAUGCUGUGAAACAAAGACUGACUGUUAUAGUGGAGGACAACGGGCAGCCGUCUCGUUCAGCUACAGUCAUUGUGAACGUGGCGGUGGCGGACAGCUUCCCUGAAGUGCUGUCAGAGUUCACUGACUUUACCCACGACAAGGAAUACAAUGACAACCUGACUUUUUACUUAGUGCUGGCUCUUGCUGUUGUGUCCUUCCUCUUCAUCACGUGUUUGGUGGUUAUUAUAUCAGUGAAAAUCUACAGAUGGAGACAGUCUCGGGUCAUGUAUCACUCCAAUCUGCCUGUGAUUCCAUAUUAUCCACCACGUUACUCAGACACUAUGGCCACAGGGACCCUCCCACACGUGUACAAUUACGAGGUGUGCAGGACGACUGACUCCAGAAGGAGUGACUGUAAGUUCGGCAUAGCUGGUAGUCAGAACGUGCUGAUAAUGGACCCCAGCUCUACAGGAACCAUGCAGCGGAUACAGAGUGAGAAGAGCAUCCUGGACGAACCAGACUCUCCUCUUGAGGUUGGUUAA